AUAUGCUCAUCCAGGGAAAAAGAUGAUGAAGACCUCCUACUGUCCUUUCCUAUGCUCAAAACAACAACAGGCCAAAACCAAGGCAGGACAGCUGGCCUCUACCCAAAAUAAAACAGCACCAUGGUUGACUAUUACCAAGCACUGGACAUCCCACAAACAGCCUCUUCAAAUGACAUUAAGAAAGCGUACAGAAAAAAUGCACUGAAAUGGCAUCCAGAUAAAAACCCAGGAAACAAGGAAUAUGCUGAGAAGAAGUUCAAGGAGAUAGCAGAAGCAUACGAAGUGUUAUCGGACAAUUAUAAGCGAGAUCUUUAUGACCUCUAUGGGAGUGACGGGCUUAUGGAUCUGAGCAUAGGAACUGGCCUUUAUCCGAGCUCAGCGGGGACUCCUGAUUUCAUGUUCACCUUUCGGGAUGCGGAUGAAGUCUUCAAAGAAUUUUUUGAAGGACAAGACCCAUUUAUUGAACUGUGGGAUGAGUUCCCCCCAUUUACAGAUGUACAAGGAGGAACGUCCCAGUGGACUAACCCAGCUGAAGGGACAUAUUCUUAUUGCUCCUAUUCUCCAGGCCAGACUGAUUUCUACACUACCUUUGGCCCUGGUGCUGAAUUGGGAAUAGGCUUCCAUUCCAUCUCUACGUCUACAAAAUACAUAAAUGGCAAGCGGAUAACCACAAAAAGGAUUCUUGAGCAUGGGCAGGAGAGGGUAGAGAUCAAUGAGGAUGGAGAGCUCAAAGUGGCAGAAGAGCAUGAUUUGCCGCAUUCAGAUUUCACCAACAACAUGAAGUCCAAGGUGGAACCCAUCCAGAAGGGGCAAACUGGGCCCCUGACUGUUCCAAUGGACAUCCGGAGUCUGCCACGGUCGCAAAGUGUCAGCUCCUCUUUUUCUUACCCUGAGAGUGAAGACAAGGAACUCCACCGGGCUAUGGCCUGCAGCCUGUGUGAGAUGGAGAGUGUGGGGAAGCGCUCCAUAGCCUCCUAUGGCUCCAGGAAGAGGCGAGGAAGCUCUCGGAGGACAAGCAAAAUAUCACAGAAAGCCAUUGGUGGGGCAGGUGUGUCUGCCCCUUUGCCCAUCCGAGCCCAAAGUCCGGGCGCAGGAGAUAACAUGAAGGAGAAAGAGAAGAAAGGCAAGCCGACAGAAGGGGUAAAGGCAGUAGAUAACCAAAUGGUGCUUAAAAGUCCACUUCCGCCUGGCACUGAGGAUAAUGACUCUGUCCUUUGGGACCUGCGGUACCUCUUUUCUGAAGCCAUUCCUUCCCGCAGGGAGAGGGAAUCGAUCAUGUGCACCAUUCUCUAAUCUCCACGACCCAAGAGGAAAGAGAGACCUACCUCCAGUAAAGUUCAUAGUCCGGCU